UAUGGCGGACAAAAUCAUCAUCUUCACAACUAUGCUCACAACUGAUCUUCAAUAUUAUCUUCUGUCAUUAGCGAUUUAGCUGCUUGUCAAAGCUUUGAAAUUGAACGUUUUUUAAUGAAGAUUUGGCUGUGAAUGAUAGAGGUCGCACACUGCCUACAAUGGGGAAAAGAUAUUUCUGUGAUUACUGUGACAGACAUUUUGCAGACUCUCCAGGCAACCGUAAAAAACAUAUAAAUGGCGUCCAACACAAACGAAACCGUAAACUGCAUUAUGAUUCCUUCAAAGACCCUGUACAGCUACUCGCUGAAGAAGCUCUGAAGCUGCCCUGUCGAAGAUUUUUUCAAACAGGUUCAUGCGAUUUUGGAGAUAAUUGUCGAUAUUCCCACAAAAACCCACAGAUGUUACUGGAAGAGCAAGCAAAAGCUCGAUCAUCAUCAAGCAGUCUAAGAAGUGAACCAAAACUGAGUGACUGGCUUGCAAAAUGGGAGAUAAGAAGAAAGUACAGAAAAGGCAAUAAAAAUACAAAGGAAAUGCCUAUGGCAGAAGAAGACAAUACCUCACAUAUUUUUAUGUUGCCUGCAAAUCUUCCCUCUUUAUCUCAAUUGCCUCCCUCCAUGUUACCACCACCUCCAGGAGGUUAUCCAAAGUUACCUAAAGUUGAGUGGGGUUGAGGGAAUUUUACCAUGAAAGCAAGUCCAAAACUAUGUAAUGUUUCCUGAAAGAAUUUUUAAUAUAAUUUUGUAAACCACUUCCUGUAAAAUAUAUUUAUAUACUGAUACAG